AUGGGAGACGGCGCAGUAGCGGCCAGCGGCGUCCGGGUGCUCGGCCUGCACGAAUGGAGGGAGGCUGCAGUUACCUUGGCUGAAGCGUUCGCCGAAGACCAUACAUGCGAAUACUUUCUCAAUACUCCAGAUACCGUGCACUGGACUAAAGAACAGAAAUGGGAGGUCCAUUUGAGCAUGAUGCAGUAUAUCGUGUACGCGCACCUUUUGAGUGGGCUGGUGGUGUCUGCAGGUCCCGACUAUGUCUGUGUCGCUCUAUGGAUGCCACCUGGAAAGAACAUGGACGACGUGGCAACAAUCCUUCGGAGCGGUAUGUGGCGCCUGAACUUCCAGCUUUCUAGAGAGGGCAAGAAGCGCUUCUUCACCGAGUUCCUACCCUUGCUGCACGACACCAAAGCCCAGGUCUUGGCCGAGCGCGACGACGAAAGCUGGUACCUCGUCUACAUCGGUACCAAGCCAUCUGGCCGUGGGAAAGGCUAUGCCCGCGCCGUGAUCGACUAUGUCACGAGUAUGGCGGAUGCGGAGGGUCGCGCUUGCUAUCUAGAGAGCAGUCAUCCGGUGAAUCGCAUCAUAUACGGCAAGCUCGGGUUUGUGUUCAAGAAGAACAUCUACCUGCAACGCGCUCACGAGCACGUUGAGCUUGACAUCAUGGUCCGAGAGCCGACGCAUGAGAAGGCCAAAGCCGCGUUAGGACUGGCCAAAAUCUGA